GCGCGCACGCCGGAGACCGAGCUUCAUGUAACACCGGGACUGUCCCUGCAAAUCAGGCUCCGGAGGAAAGUAAGAGAUUUGCCCCGCUCUGUGGAGGGGUACAUUCUGUGAAAGGAGAAGAGAGCCGUGACGUCACUUCCGGCGGGCGGGGUGUCAGGGACUAGAUGGUGAGAGCGACCCCGGAGGACGGUGACUGGAGCACGGAAAUGACCUAGAGGCCUUACAAAUACAUGGUGUGCAUUCUUGUCUCCAGCGCGGAGUCAAUCUGGGAGCUGCACUUGUUUCCGCUGUAACUAAACUACCUCAACAAACCCAGAGAGAGGAAGACGAGGGGAGGAGAAGCUUCCAGCCGUGAAUCUGUCAAGAACUCCAGGCACUUCAGUGCAGACUGGAUCUGCCGGACUGUAGCACCCACCCCGCACCGCCCAGGACCUACCCGCUGUUGACCAGUGUUUUGGGUCUCUCUUCGCUUGUGUUUUUUUGGAAUCUCGUGGAUCGGCUUGGCUUUCUUUUCCUGUUACACUAAUUGUUUGGGAUAAGUUUUGUGUUUUUUGUUUUUUUUUGCCUGCAGUGGAAACGGUGCCGAGGAGGGUUAACAGGAGCGUAGCCCUCACCGAGCGAGGCGCACGCAUCUCAUUGUGGAAGCUACAAGUUGUGAACUGCAGCUGGGCUGCACUGAAUACUAAAAACAAAGCCCUACGUCAGCGGAUCCGCGGCCUGCCUUUUGGAAAUGCCUUGUACAAAACCCAUGUUUGCCACCCUGCUCUACUAUUUGACAUAGCCAACCAACUGGAGGCGGGUUUUGUAAGGCACUGCUGAUUUUUAGGUUAGGGGCGCCCCGUGGCUUAGUCGGUCACCUAUGUAUUGCUGUAGCGCACAGGAAAGUAAAAUGGACUACAAGAGGCGGUUUUUGCUUGGCGGGUCCAAGCAGAAGGUGCAGCAACACCAGCAGUACCAGAUGCCUGAGCUCAGCCGGACUCUGAGCGCACCCUUGGCCUCCACUACCCCUUUAGUAUCUUCGGCUAACAGCUGCCCUCACCCUGCUGCCCACACUACGCCCAUAGCGGACAUCCAGCAGGGCAUCUCCAAGUAUUUGGAUGCGCUCAACGUCUUCUGCCGCGCCAGCACUUUCCUCACUGACCUUUUCAGCAGCGUUUUCCGUAACUCUCACUACUCAAAGGCAGCUAUGCAACUCAAAGACGUGCAGGAACAUGUCAUGGAGGCUGCCAGUCGGCUCACUGCAGCAAUAAAGCCAGAGAUUGCAAAAAUGCUGAUGGAGCUGAGCGCCGGGGCUGCCAACUUUAAAGACCAGAAUGAGUUCAGCCUGCAGGAUAUAGAGGUGCUCGGUCGCUGCUUCUUGACUGUGAUGCAGGUUCAUUUUCAGUUCUUGUCCCAGGCGUUGCAGAAAGUGCAGCCGUUUGCCGAAGCGAUAGCACACGAGCGCAAGAACGCUCCCGGAUCCGGUGACCUGAGCCCCACAAGAGAGCUGGGCGACGCUGUGAGGACUUGGCGAGGAGCUACCGAGGCCACAAGCCGCUUGCGCGAGAGAGGUUGUGACGGGUCCCUGGCCGGGCUAGAAGUUCAGCAGCUUUUCUGCUCCCAAAGCUUGGCCAUCCCAGAUCAUCACCUCAAGGAACUUAACCUGAAGAUCGACAGUACCUUACAGGCCUACAGGAUGGCGCUGGAAAGUCUGGGUCACUGUGAAUAUGCAAUGAAGGCCGGCUUCCACCUCAAUCCCAAGGCCAUCGAAGAAUGUCUGAAGGGCUGCUGUAGUGAUGCGGAGGCACAACAGUCGGGGAGGAGACAGACGCCACCUCAGCCCAUCCAGUGCGAGCUCCCGACCGUUCCGGUGCAGAUCGGCUCCCACUUCCUUAAAGGAACGUCCUUUAACGAGUCAUCAACUGAUAACCUAAAGCUGAAAACGCAUGCGAUGCUGCAGCUGAUCAAAGAAGUCGAUACACACAACGGCAUGACUGACAGGGAUGAAACCGCCGUGACUGAAAUUCUCAAUCAAGUGUGUCCUUCCACAUGGCGGGGGGCAUGUAAAACUGCAGUGCAGUUGCUUUUCGGCCAGGCUGGUCUGGUGGUCGUUGACACAGCACAGAUUGAGAAUAAGGAAGCCUACGCACCGCAGAUCAGUCUGGAGGGCUCGAGGGUCAUCGUGCAAGUUCCAUCCACUUGGUGUUUGAAGGAAGAUCCGGCUACCAUGUCUCUGCUGCAGAGGAGUCUGGACCCAGAGAAGACCCUGGGGCUGGUGGAUGUUCUGUACACAGCGGUGUUUGAUGUCACGCGCUGGAAGGAGGGCCGGGAACAGGCAUUGCCGAUCAUCCAGAUUCAGCUCCAGAGAGAAACCUCAGAGUUUGGAAGUCAGAUCGAUCUUCCGCACGGGAAUGGCAGCAAGUCGGCCGGAGGGCUGCAAAAGACUUUCUCCAAACUGACUUCACGAUUCACCAAGAAAGUGUCUUGUAGCGUCUCGGGUCACAGCGGAAGUUACUCUGUCCCUCAGACCCCCUCCAAACAUGUCUUAACCACUAAUAACUCAGAUGAAAAGGGGAAACUCCCCAACCACACGGACUCCAAGAUCCAGAACAUGCUGACCCUUGGAAGCUUCUCCAGGUCCAUGGACCACUCCAGCCACAGCACAAACAGCCAGUUAGUCAAUGGGUUUCUGGUCGACCGCAGAGAGGACUUGUUCAAAGGAGACGAUCCAAAGGACGAGAAAGGAAUGAACUUGCCUUCUGAUCAGGAAAUGCAGGAUGUCAUAGAUUUCCUGUCCGGCUUUAACAUGGGCAAAUCUCAGCAGACCUCUCCUGUGGUCAAGAGGAGAAAUUCGACUACGUCCUCUGUAGUGCCGGAGCAGAAGCAAGGGACUGUCAAGCCACUGUUGCAGCCGGUGAUGCAUCCUCCUUCGAUGCAUCCUCCAGCUCAGCCGCAGCAACAACCGCAGCAGCAGCAACAACCAGGACUGUUACAGCAACCACCCCAGCUGCCGAUAUCCCAGAAACAGCAGCUGCAGUAUUAUCAGCACUUGUUUCAGCCAAUCGGUCCUCAGCAGCAGCAGCAACAAUCACAGCACCCAUCGGGGAAAUGGUUAAACAGUUCCUCCCAGCCGUCGUCACAAGCUGUUGGCAGCGGCUUGUCUCCCCUCGGUCAGCUGAGCCAAUGGAGCAGUCAGGGGGUCUCUGAUCUGAGCUCAGACUUGUAUAGUAUGGGGCUCGUCAGCAACUUUAUGGAUAACAUGAUGUCCGAGAUGCUGGGACAGAAACCUCAAGGACCUCGAAAUAACACUUGGCCGAAUCGUGACCAAAGUGAAGGAGUGUUCGGGAUGCUUGGAGAUGUUCUGCCUUUUGAUCCUGCAGUUGGCUCGGACCCAGAGUUUGCCCGGUAUGUGGCCGGGGUCAACCAAGCUAUGCAACAGAAACGGCAAGCACAGCACGUCCGUCGCCCGAGCGCCACACGUAGCAACUGGCCCCAUCCUGACGAGUCGCACAGAACCUGGCCAUUCCCAGAAUACUUCUCCGAAGGGGAUGUGAUGAACAGCAGCUGGACGGGGGCUCAGGGAGAUUCCGCAAGUUCAAGCGACGAGACCUCCUCUGCCAACGGAGACAGUCUCUUCUCCAUGUUCUCAGGUCCAGACCUUGUUGCUGCAGUCAAGCAGAGAAGGAAACAUAGCAGUGGUGAACAAGAGGCAAACACACUACCCUCGCCACCUCUCCUCUCGACGGUGGAUGAUCUCAACCAGGAGAACAAAACCAAAACGUGGCCCCCCAAGGCCCCUUGGCAGCACUCCUCCCCCCUCACCAAUACACUGCCCAAUCAGAGUUCUUCUUUAUACCACAUGACAAAUCCCGUGAGCCAGUGGAACGACACAAUGCAAAUGCUGCAGUCGCCGGUCUGGUCCACGGCCAACGACUGCGCUCCGCCGACGGGGAUCUCCUCAACGUUCGCUUACGCACAGCAGCAAUCUCAGCAGGCAAACAAGGGCUUUAAAUCCUUCCAGAUGAAGCACGAACGCAGGCCCUCCUACCUGCACCAGUUCUGACCAAGCUGCUAGACCCCCAUUUCAGCUGCAUCCGUGUGUUGGGUGUGUUUAGGGGUGUGGGGGGGUGGGGGUGGGGUUGUUGUGGAAGGUUUGGGUUACACGCAGUAUGGGUCGUUUGGUUCUGAUCCUGUGUUGUGGUUUCCAUAGACUAAUCGCCUCCACUGUAAUCUUCUCCGGCUGAAUGUUAGGGGGCGAUGGCGCAUUGUGACCAUUCAGCAGUUUAGAGGAGUUCCCCUUUAAGUUUUUUUUUUUUUUUUUUUAAUUUAUUUUCAUUUUUUUCUCUAACACAUUUAAGUUCCCAUGUGGUGGCACGGAACAGCACAGCGAACCGCAUGCAUCUCUUCAAAAGACGCUAGUUUAAUUUAGAGCUUUUUUUUUAUGCAAUUCUAUUUUUUUUAUAUAUAUUUUUUUUCAUUUCAUAGUGGAGUUGCACAGUAACAUUUUUCAGAUUUUCGGACGAUUCCUCCAUGCACGUCAAUAGGUCAAAUGGCACAUACGUUUUUUUUUUUGUUUUUUUUCCUUAAUGCAAUGCUUUUUCUAAACUUGUCAUUAAAUGGACCUUUGGCAUUUUUAUUUUUUGCAUUUUUCAAAGGCAUAAACACAUUAAUAUCGACCAUGUGCGAACGCAGCCUAAAGAUAUGGAUCCUAACCAAGGAUACGUAUUAAACCCACCGUCCCCAGCCCUAUUAGAACACUGCUCAUUAAUGCUGCACGGUCCGGGGGUGCAGAUUGUGUACUGGUGAACUGGGCCUUGCUGGUAGUACAUCACCCUAUACAGGGGGGUUGCAAGUGCAGCCCCUCGCCCAGCACAACUCUAGGUCCUGGUGGUCUGCAGGUAAGAGAACGGAUGACCCCAUAAUGUUAUGUUUCUCUUAGAAAGAGACCACAGGGGCUCUCAGCAAAGGGUCACCCUUUCCCCAUGAUUAGCUGGUGUCAGUGGGACCUCCAAACCCACAUGGGGGUCACCUUUACAAUUGCUCCAAUGCUGUAUUUACAUGGACGUGCUUAUUGCAUCCACAUAGAAAUGCAUCAGUUUAGCUGACUUUUUUUUUUUUUUUUUCCCCAGUAGAUGUGUAACCCAUAACGUGCAGGGUUGAGGGGCACCUCCCAUACAAAAAAGGUCCCGAAUAUUGCAGAUAAUACAAUGCCAUUCCCCGGCAGCUCCCUGGUGCCCCUAUGACUGCCCUGACAACUGAAGGAUAAAAAGGGGAAUUUUGUACUUUGUGCUGUUUAUUAUUAUUAUUUUUAUUCCCUUCCUGCAAUAGUGGGAGACGGAGAUGGAGUAUAACCCCCUUCAUUUCAUCCCAGCAGGAUGAAGCUACAAGCAGUGAGGACCUGAACCCCCGGUGGCUACAGGUCGUGUCAUAAUACAAUCUUACUUUCUGGCAACUGUUAUCAUUUUUCAAUUUUUUUUGUACGUACUUGAUUCAUAUGGCCAAAGGCAUUAUGCACAUAACACUCCUGACUCUUGAGAGAAAGCGAUUCUGGGAUAGGUAAAAAAAAAAAAAAUUUAAUAAAAAAUAAAAACUUCAAUAUUCUUUAAAAAUAAUAAUAGAAAAUAUAGAAGAAAAAUAAUAUCAAAGAUCUAUGUGAGCUGGCUCAGAAAUAUCUAAAUCUAAUAGCAGGUAGACGACAUACAAAGUCUAAUAUUUUUUCUUUUAUUUUUUUUUUCUUCUUCGAGUGAAGCCUAAUGUCACUUAGCACAGUGCCAUGACACCGAGCGGAAACCUACGGGAGCGGAGACUUUUCCAACCAAAGUGGCUGUAGAGACGCUUGACGCAAUGGUGCUUGCCACGAAAUCCGUACCCCGAUCGAUGUUACAAGAAAUAGUCUUUAUAUAUAAUAUUAUAUAAAUAUAUAUAUGUCGUCAUUUCAGAGGCCCUUAACUGUUAAAUCCCCGUAUUUUCUAGUAUGGAAAAGCAUAUAAAAUGUGUAAAAAAAAAAAAAAAAUAAUAAUAAUAAUCCAAACCUUACUGACAGUAUUAAUCUUAUUUUUGUAUUUUUAUUUCUUAAAUCGUUCUAUCACUAAUCUACGUUAACUCAUUACUGUGAGGGAGGGCGUGCUGAUGAGACUGAGGCGGCGGCAGCGGCGUGCCCCGCCGCUCAGCAUGUGCUUCAAGUUUUAUUAUUUUUUUACAAAGUUUAUUGAAAUAUACCAAAAAUAUGUAUAAAACACUAGACUAUAUAUAUACAAAAAUAAAGCGGGGUGACAAAUCCCCCUCCGACUCCCUCCCCUCAUCCCUUCUGUUGUACAGCAUUGUGUUCCAUAGCACGCUUUGAAUGUUUUUUUUGUGUUGAGUGGAAUGGCCCCAAUGUUGCCCGUAUUUAUAGUUUUUUGGGGUGUUUUUUUUUUUGCCUCUCCAAUCGAGUCUUCAUCCUGUCUAUGUUUACAGAGACUUGUGUGCUGUAUAUAUACCCUCCUAUAGUGACGUGCUUGGCACCGUCCGUGUGUUUCUUCGUCUGUUUCUAAGGAUAUUUUGUACCACUCGUUUUCAGCUUUUCAGUCCCAGAAUACAGUGCCCCCCCCCCCUCCUUCUCCUCAGUCCUUUGCACUUAAUCUUUCCCAUAUUUUAUCAGAAUAAAUAUGGUCUUAUUAAUGGAUAGACGUAUAUAUUUGUACUGAACAGACGUCUCAAAAGUGCCAACGAUGUUCCACAGGCUACAUAUAUAUAUAUUUUUUUUACUUGUAUUUUGAAGUCUUCUAAAUUUAAAGGUGGUGAUCCACAGGAAAAAAAAAAAAAAACUAAAAUGAGAUCCGAGACCAUUUUUCUAUAUGUUGAUGCUUUGACCAUGUAGGUGCUAUGUUUUUUGGCUUCCAAAUUUUUUCUGGACACUGGUCACCGAACCCUCAAGCAAAAAAAUAAAAUAAAAAAUGGGGCGGGGGUUAAACCCAUUCCCUCUAUGAGCACGUCAAGUCUCAGCUGAGAGGGUUUGGCGCUGUGCGAGUGUGAACCCCCCUCCCACCCCAAUUAUUGCUUUUUUGUUUUUUUUGUUCCAGCGAACUCCUGAACUGGAAAUGUACAGUUUGUAUUUUACUUCUGAAGCUUCUGUAAGUAAAAUGACUUAUUUGCUUUAUUAAAGAUACAUUUAAUAGUGUGACCUUA